AUGCUCUCUACACCAAUCUUCGAUGGUAUCGAUUAUGACAAAGUUUAUGAGCCAUCAGAAGACUCAUUCUAUCUUUUAGAUUGCUUUGAGGAUCAGCAGACGUACCUUCUGUCGAAAUAUGGUAAUCGUGUUCCAUUGGUGCUCGAGAUUGGUACAGGAUCGGGCAUCGUGACUACAUUCAUGCUUCAGCAUAUCCUUCCGCAAGCGUUAUACUUGGCAUCGGAUAUCAAUCCCAGUGCAUGUAUAACUGCACGCAAUACAAUAAGGCAGAAUUGUUCUGAACGAGCGAAUUUUGUAGAUAUUCUAAGAAUGGAUCUUGCAUCUUCCUUACGCACAAACAUUGUGGACGUGUUAGUGUUUAAUCCUCCUUAUGUACCAGCCGAGGAAAUGCCAAUACCACCAGCAAACGACGAGGAAGGUGAACUGUGGUUGGACUUAGCGUUGCUAGGCGGAAAAGAUGGAAUGGUAACUACAUGGAAAGUCUUGAAUCUGUUACAAGAAAUCCUAGCGUCUGAUGGAAUUGCAUACAUUUUAUUUUGUGCCAGAAACAGACCCGACGAAGUUGCAGAGAUUAUGAGGAAUAGAGGAUGGUCUGUAGACGUUAUUAUUAAUAAAAAAGCAGGCUGGGAAGUGCUAAGUAUCUUGCGCUUCACUAAAGCUUAG